CUGACGCCGGGGGGGUCUAGCUCAUUUGCAUCUCAUCUGCAUGCGCGGGACGCCGCGCCGCGACCCUUCGUUUCGUUCGCAUCUGAUUAGCCUGCGGCCCCGCCCCGUGCCUGCCCCCCGCAUCCAGGCGGCCCGGGCUCGUUGCAGCUCAUCUGCAUCUUAUUUGCAUGUGCCCGGCAUGCGGGGGCGCGCAGGGGGCGCGGGGCGCACGAGGGGACCGGGAGCCGGCGGCCCCGGUCCUGGCGCCCCCGGUGCCGCCGCGUCCCCGCAGCGCGCCCGUGACGUCGGCGGCGGCGGGGGCGGCGCGGGAUGAGUCACGGUGCCGUGAUGCAGUCCCCGGGCACGCAGGGCCCCCCCGCCCGCCCGCCCGGUGCCCCCGCCCGCCCCGGGGACAGCCGCAGCCGGCACCGCGGGGACAGCGGGGACAGCGGCAGGCGACCGCUCCCCCUUUUCCGCCUCCUCCUCGCCUGGGCGGGCCCGUGGCGGCGGUGCCCCCCGGCCCGGGCGCCGGAGGGACGACGGCUCUCGGGGCUCUGCUGCGCUGCUUCCCCUGCGAGCGGCUCUGCGGGGGGUGCACGCUGCCCCCCGGGGCCCCCCCGCGCCCCGCCGGGGCCCUGCCGCCCGCCAUGGGCCCCCCCCGCUGCCGCCUGCCCCCCCGCACCUUCCGCAGCUACCUGCCCCGCUCCCACCGCACCUACAGCUGCGUCCACUGCCGGGCUCACCUGGCCCGCCACGAGGAGCUCAUCUCCAAGUCCUUCCAGGGCAGCCACGGCCGCGCCUACCUGUUCAACUCCGUGGUGAACGUGGGCUGCGGCCCGGCCGAGCAGCGGCUGCUGCUGACGGGGCUGCACUCGGUGGCCGACAUCUUCUGCCAGAGCUGCAAGACCACCCUGGGCUGGAAAUACGAACAGGCCUUCGAGAGCAGCCAGAAGUACAAGGAGGGGAAGUUCAUCAUCGAGAUGUCGCACAUGGUGAAGGAGAACGGCUGGGACUGAGGGGCCGGGGGACGCGGGGGGGCGUGGUGGGGCCCGGCAGCUCCGCACCCCGGGGGGCAGCAGCGGGUGGGCCCCCCCCUUCAAGCCUAUCCAGUGCCCCAAGGGCGACCGUGCCUGCCUGUGCCCCCCGGGGGGGUGGCACGGAGCCGUCACCAGCACUGGGGGCUGUGGAGCUUUUCUAGGGCAAUAAAGGCUUUUUUUUUUUUUU